CCUCAUCCUACAGCACAAAUUUCUCUGAUACAAUAGAUUUAAUUUUUGGUCAUGUACCAACACUGGCUAAUGUUUUCUCUUGCCUCAGUCGGGUGGUUGUCAGCUGAUGGAGAAUGCGAUGUUUCAGAUUACGCUACAGCCUAUAAGGAUCUUUACAAAUCCCUCGACCUGGAUAAGAAUUACAUACAGAUGGUAAACCUGCGGCCCGUGCCUAGCUCACACACUUAUACCAGUGUUUAUGUGGGCCUGUAUGUGUCCUCCAUCACAAAUGUGAAUGAAAAGGAACAAAGCUUCUCAACACAGGUCAGAAUUUAUACUGUUUGGACUGAUGAUUCCUUUUCCUGGAGCUAUGACGACUAUUGUGGAAUGCGUACAUUGUCUGCUCGAAAAGAUCAGAUUUGGACUCCAUAUCUUGGCAUCACUGAAAGCAUCAAGACAGAGUAUGCAACAAUGGAGUCUCAAUAUGCACUGAUGAUCUAUGACGGGGAUGUGCUCUUGUUGGAUGCUUUAUCUCUGACCACUGCCUGUAUAAUGGACCUGUACAGGUUUCCCUUUGACAUCCAAAGCUGCAAUAUAACACUUCAAUCUUCAGUGCUUUCAAGUCAAGAGCUUCGUAUCAAACCACUCUCUGAUGAACAGGAAUUUACUGAUGUCUCCAAGCAGUCCUUUAAAACUCAGGGAGAGUGGGAGCUCCUCAGUGUAAACUAUUCUAGAGGCUAUUCCUAUGUUUUUGGGCAUGAGUUUUCUAAACUGAUAUUUAAGGUCACCAUAAAGAGGAGACCUCUGCUGUAUGUCAUCAACUUCAUGUUGCCAGUGUUUUACUUCCUUGUGCUGGAUGUGGCCUCUUUCUUCAUGGACGCAAGUGGAGCGGACAAGUUGAGCUUUAAAGUGACUUUGCUCCUGUCUAUUUCUGUGUUGCUGCUCAUUCUCAAUGAUACACUGCCCUCUACUGCCAGUGAAAUCCCAUUGAUUGGGGUAUACUGCAGUGUCAUUUUCACUUUCAUUGGCAUAAGCAUUCUGGAGACCAUGCUUGUGGAUUUUCUGAUGACUAGAGGAGCUGAGACCAGAUCAGCAGGACCAGUGGAAACCACAGCUGCUAUUACAGGCCAAGAUGAUGUUCCUAUUUUCCUCAUAGAUGGUGUAAGAGACUCUAGAGUUAUAGAUGGGAAUGUAGAGCAGUCACGUACCCUCAACUCUCUGAAGACACCCCUGUGCUGGACCAGAGUGGCAAAAAUCAUAGAUGUGACCUUCCGUGUUCUUUACAUAAUCACCAUUAUUGUGUUUCUGUCCAUGCUUGGCAAGGUUUGGUAUUCAGAUAGAUAUCCUCCAUUGUGAUAUCAUCUUUUAUUCUAGGUAUGGCACAUAAUAAUAUAUUUUAUUCAGUCUUUAUAACAGGAUAAUUAUUAGAAUACAGAAUGGCUUCCAUGGUACAUUCAUUUUAUUUGUAUUCAUUGUGGGUUCUAUUUCAGCAUAUUUAUAUUUUUUGCUCUCAUAUUUACUUUUUACUAUUUAGUUUGUGCAUAUAAGAUUAUAUCCUGAACUCAGUUUAUUUAAACUUUAAACAAAUAUAUACAAUUUAUUCAUGUACCUUAAUUUGCAGUUGUUUUUUGUUGAAUCAUUUACUGACCCUGAAUAUAUUUGAUGUCAAUCUGGAAAAUUCAAUAGACUCUUGAGAGAUGUUGCAGUGAAGCCAUGUUGCAAAUGGACAAAUUAAAA